UGUUAAACUCCUAUAUGUAGAAGAGCUUCUAUAUUCAGUUAACCAAACCUCAUUAGUCAUUACAAGAUGAAGAAAUCGAUUCUCGUUGCUUUAAUGGUAAUUCUAUCACUACUAAUUCGAUCAGAAGGAAACGCAAGAUCCAAAAUCAUCAACAUGACAUGCGAUCAACAACUAGAAAACAACAUAACCUUAUUCAUGCCAAACUUCGUCCGUACAAUGGAGAUAAUCGGCACACUAUUGCGAACCUCCCGUAACGGCACCGCCAUCUCCGGCACCGGACCCGACGGAAACUACGGGCUCGGACAAUGCUACGGCGACCUUUCACCUCAAGACUGCAUCUUAUGCUACGCCGAAGCCCGUACAAUUCUCCCAAGUUGCUUCCCGCACAACGGCGGCAGGAUUUACCUCGACGGUUGUUUUAUGCGAGUUCAAAAUUACAGCUUCUUUCAUGAAUAUACAGGACCGAAUGAUAUGGUGGUUUGUGGGAAUACGACGGCGAAGAGUGGGUUGUUUGGGGCGGCGGUGAGGGAGGCGGUGGGGAAUGCGGUGGUUGAGGGUUCGGGGAAUUGGGAUUAUUUUGCGAGGGGGGAGAGUGUGGUGAAUGUGAAUGAGUCGGUGUUUGUGAUGGCGGAUUGUUGGAGGACUUUGAGUCCGGCGGAGUGUAGGAGGUGUUUGGAGAAUGCUUCGGCGGCGAUUUCGAAAUGUCUGCCGUCGACGGAGGGGAGGGCGUUGAAUUCCGGGUGUUUUAUGCGGUAUUCUGAUACGGAUUUUUUGAAUCCUAUACCGGUUGCAAUUAUCUCUAGCAAUAGAGGGAUGGUACUAGCUAUCGUGGUUUCCAUUGUUAGUUCCGUGACAGUCCUCACAGUUGCUUUGAUGAUAAUUUUGUAUAUCAUGAAACAUAGACUUAUACAAAAGAAGAGAAGAGGCUCUUAUGAUGCAAAGAAACUGUCAAAGAUGCUUAAUGACAGUAGCUUACAUUUCAAAUACUCCACUAUUGAAAAAGCCACGGCAAAUUGGAACGAAUGCAAUAAGCUCGGACAAGGAGGAUUCGGAACUGUCUACAAGGGAGUUCUUUCAGAUGGGAGAGAAAUAGCUGUGAAGAGGCUCUUCUUCAACAACAAAUUCAGGGCAACUGAUUUCUAUAACGAAGUUAACAUGAUUAGUAGUGUUGAACACAAAAACCUUGUGAGGUUGUUAGGAUGCAGUUGUUCAGGACCCGAAAGCAUUCUUGUAUACGAAUAUCUACCCAACUUGAGUCUCGACCUCUUCAUUUUCGAUGCAACAAAAGGCAAGACCCUAAACUGGCAGAAAAGAUUUUUAAUCAUUAGUGGUACAGCAGAAGGCCUAGUCUAUCUUCAUGAAAACACCAAGAACCGAAUUAUUCAUAGAGAUAUCAAAGCUGCUAACAUCUUGUUAGACUUGAGACUUCGCGCUAAAAUAGCUGAUUUUGGGUUGGCCAGAUCUUUUCAAGAUGAUCAAAGUCACAUCAGCACUGCAAUAGCUGGAACACUAGGAUAUAUGGCUCCAGAGUAUCUAGCCCAUGGCCAGUUAACUGAAAAGGCUGAUGUCUAUAGCUUUGGUGUGCUACUUUUGGAGAUAGUCACCGGUAUGGAAAACAACAAAAGCAAAACCUUAGAAUAUACUGACAGCUUAGUGUCUAUUGUAUGGAAUCAUUUCCAGGAAGAUACGGUUGAGGAAAUAUUCGACCCGAAUCUAAUGAUGCAGCAUUAUGUCAACACAAAUGACCUCAAAGAAAUUAAAAAGGUGAUACAAGUAGGACUUCUUUGCACACAAGAAGCUCCAUCUUUAAGACCAUCAAUGUCAAUCGUACUAAAAAUGUUGGCAAAAGAUGAAACUUUACCCCUCCCUUCUAAUCCACCUUUCAUAGAUGAAAAAACCAUGGAACUGAAUGAUAUUUCAGAUAAGUUACAGUUUUACAAUUAUGGGGAUAAUGAUUGUUCCAUUGCUACUGUUUCCCAUAGUGAUUUCUACCCGAGGUAAUGGAAAAAAAAAACUUUUUUUUCCAUAUUUCUCUAUAUUUUAUUUCAAAAAUUAAUUAUUCAUAUUUUUUUAAAUGAUUUGGUAUGUUACCUUUCGAUUUGCGAGAGGCUACUCAUAAAACACUAUGUAUUUUUUUGUGUAAUGUAAUAUCAGUAGCCUAUACGAGGAUACAUGUGAGUGAUCAAUACAAUUAUUUGGUCAUUACUUUUCAUG